GAGAGUGAUGAAUUGAGGGAGAGUGAUGAAUUGAGGGAGAGUGAUGAAUUGAGGGAGAGUGAUGAAUUGAGGGAGAGUGAUGAAUUGAGGGAGAGUGAUGAAUUGAGGGAGAGUGAUGAAUUGAGGGAGAG